AUGUUUAAUGACUCGACGGGCGCGCUGGGCGCGGCGUGCGCCGAGCCGCCGUGGGGCGGCGCCUACGGCCCCGCGGGCUACCCGCCCUUCUCGCCGCUGCAGCCGCCGGCCUCCUACGGCUACCCGGGCGACCUCACGGGCCCCGUCGCCGUGCCUGCGCCGCCGCCCCCGCUCGAGCCCGCCGCCAUGAGCCACCUGCCCACCGUGCUGUCGGAGCAUUCGACCAACACCCCGAGCGGGCCCAACGACUACGGCUCCAUGUUCAGCAAGUCGUCGCCGGGCGGCGGCGGGGGCGGGCCGGCCGACCUGGACGGCAUGCUGGGCGGCGGCCACCCGCACCACGCCCCCCACCACGCCGCCCACCACCACCGCUACCCGGCGGACCCCGUGCCCACCUACUCCACCACCGAAUGCGUGUUCGCAGCGCCCGGCCUGGGCUGCGGCGGCACCACGUACCACGCGGGCGCCUGGAGCGCGCCGCCAGCGCCGCCAGCCCCCGCCCGCGGCUUUCCACACGCACCAGCACAACUAAAAACUACUAACGCGCUUCGCCCGGGCGGCGGGGGCGGCGGCGGCGGCGCGGCGGCGGAAGGCGGGCGGGUCGGCGCGGCGGCGGCGCGGGCGGCGUGCCGCCCACCGGCGGAGCCAGCCCCGGCGGCGGCACCUACAUCAACCCGCCGGUGGUGCUGUACCCGCACCUCUACUCCACCAUUUCCUCUGACGGGCUUCAGCACCACUACUCCGGAGUGCCCCAACCGCCACCAACCGGGCACGAAGACCCGUCAUCCACCACGGGGGCACCCAUGCACCAGGAGCACCAACCGGAGCACCAGCCCCCGCCUGCACCACCGCCGCCGGUGUCGUCCAAUGACGUGGCCAUCAGUCGCUACCAGGACCGGCAAGCGGACCCCAACGUUUGGCGGCCGUACUGAGCCAACGCCUGCUCUCUACCAACUCAUAACCCGAACUAUUCCACAGCCGCCAGCCAUGCAGCGGCCUGGACUGUUUCUUCUAGUACAAAUUGUGUACGCCACGUGACUCGCUUUGAGUCGGAUAGUAUUAAGAACUCGUAAGAUCUCACACAAGUACUUCGGUCAUCACACAACGGGCUGGUCUCGUCUCAAAUGGACUGUUAAAAAGUGCGAUGUGAUGUUUAUAAAUUAUAAUUAAAGAGGCAAACAUCUCUUACUCAGGAGUGUGGAGGAGACGACACAAAAGCGUAGAAGAUCCACCACACGAAAAAUAUGCUUACUUGUUUCUCGUAUACUGUAAUAUAGUAGUGUUGUGAAUGAUAGCACUGAAAAAAAAAGACUAGAGGAAGUGGACUUUCGUGACGCCUCAAGUCCUCCGACGUGCAAAGUGAAUGCAAAAAAGGAAACCUUUGCGAGUGAGAUAUAUAGUGUUCUUCUAUAAGGUUGUGCCGAUCGUGGUGAGAGAACGCUGGAGCAAAAAUUGCGUGUUUCUUGCGGUACAAUGUGGCUGUUUUUUUGGCUUGUGGAGUAUAACUACGCAAGUUUGGGCAGUGCCCGAUUCGAUAGCGAGCCCAAUUACGUUUUUGGGCCGUGAGAUCGCCUCUGGUUGUACGUGCACAGCGGCCGAGAAGUCACGUGGUUUCGUCUCGGGGAAGGGGAGAAAUUGAGAAGCUAACCCAACCAAUUUCAUUAUUCGUACAUGGCUGGGAAUCGUAUGGCAUAACGCGAACAUGACAGUAUUCUCUUUUUUUUCUUUACACUAAAUUUUUGUUGCGCUUAAAAAGUUUCAGACUUUUAACGCUUUACAUAAACCAAAAGCAUGUAACUGGAGUAGUUACUGGACACAUUUUUAAGUUCUGAAGUAGUACAUUAAAUAAUAUACGAACAAAAUUAUCUCAUCAUAUUCACCCCGAUAAAUUUCACUAGUGUAGGAUACGCAUCAAUAUCAGAAGGUCAUUGGACCUCAAAAAAAGCUUGGUAGCAUGUUCGUAUGCGUUUGAGCAUUAUCUUCAUGCAAUAUUCCGACAGAGCAUCUGCCAAUCAAUCAUCAUAAAAUCUCAAAAUAAUAUCUCUUACCAGUGAAUGGCGAACACUCACGCCCGAGACAGUUCGCUGCAAUUGAAACUGCACGCCUUUGCGUCACAUCACGUACGUAACAAACAGCCUCCUUGCUCUGUCAGAUUUCAUCAGCAGCAUUUCACCAGCCUUCAUUUUUUUUUCUUCAUUUUACGCACUGAGCUUUCCGUUACUCGUAAAUCUCUCUCUUCCCUCCCGGCUCCCGCAGAAGACGGAGUUUGCGGUCGCGCCGGGGCGCGCGAACCGCCAUCUCUGUUGCCGAAUGACCCAUAAAAUCAGCCACCGCGUCUUGGCGAUAUACGCGAACAGCCUUAUGGGGGGAGAGGUGUGCUUCCCCCCCGAGACGCGGUCACGUGACUUCACGGCUCCGCUCGUUUGCGGCGCGCGCAAUAACGCCGCUCGUUCGUCAACUGUCAGGGGACGACAGGCGGAUUUUUCCGACGGUCCCGACAGUACGGCCAGCGCAAUUCGCAGCGUCUGUUUGCUAGAGUAUUUUUAAAACAAUAAAGCAAUUUCUUUCACUGUGUA